AUGGGGCUUUUGAAGAACAUGAAGUUCAGGCACCGGGUGGUUGCUGUGCUUGUUCUUGGCUUCCUUACACUGGGCAUUUACAUGAACCUGCCUGAUGAAGCUUCCAGGGUUCAGUACCGGACAUAUCAGAAGAGGCCACUCCAACUGGGGGAACAGAGUGACAUCAUAAAGCAGUGGCUACAGGUGAACCCAGCGAGGGAUCCUGAAAUGUGCAGCCUGACUGGAUCGGGUCCACCCCACCAUGCCAACAUCUCCACCUAUGACCUGUACUACAAAACCCACUUUGAUGUGAAGUCCAACGGAGAAUGGGACAUGCCAGUUCCAUCAAUGAGUAUUUACAAGACGGAACGACUGCCGAAGUUGACAGUGAUCCUGAUGCCUCACUCCCACAAUGACCCCGGCUGGCUGAAGACGGUCAACGAGUACUACUCAGACCAGAGCAAGCACAUCCUCAACAACAUGGUCAACAAGUUGACCCAGUUCCCCAACAUGACCUUCAUCUGGACCGAGACUGUCUACUUUGCCAUGUGGUGGAAUGAGAUAGAGGACGCGGUCAAGGUUCAUGUCAGACGACUUAUCAGACGAGGUCAGCUGGAGAUAACUCUGGGAGGAUGGGUGAUGCCAGAUGAGGCAAGUAGCCAUUACGUGGCUGUUAUUGACCAGCUGAUUGAAGGUCAUCAGUGGCUGUGGGAGAACCUGCACAUUCGUCCAGAAAACAGCUGGGCCAUUGACCCGUUUGGCUACUCCAGCACUAUGUCAUAUUUGUGGCAGAAAUCUGGCAUGUCCAACAUGGUGGUUCAACGUGUACACCAGGCGGUCAAGGCAUCUCUCUUCAAAGAGAAGGCUCUGGAAUUUUACUGGCGGCAGAUGUGGGACAGCAAGGGACUGACUGACAUCUUCUGUCAUGUGAUGCCUUUUAUGUUGUACAGCAUCAAAUAUACCUGCGGACCCAAUCCUUUUGUUUGUCUCCACUUUGACUUCCGAAAAAUUCCCGGCGAUUACUCUCAAAGCAAAGGUCUGGAGGUCACCAAGGAUAACCUUGAGCACAGCGCUGAGAUGUUGCAACUUCAGUACAGGGCCAAAGCUUAUUACUUCCGCCACAACACCAUCCUGGUCCCCAUUGGAGAUGAUUUCCGCUAUGAUAGAGAGAAAGAAUGGGACCAGCAGUACGAGAAUUACGAGAAGUUGAUUCAGUACAUCAACUCUAGACCUGGCUGGAAUAUGAAUAUUCAGUGGGGCACCUUGAGAGAUUACUUCUCACAUGUUCACAAAGAAGAAUCCAACAGGAAGUUUAUCAACAAAGCUGAAGAGUUCCCUGUUCUAAGUGGGGACUUUUUUCCAUAUUCUGACAAGGAUACGGCUUACUGGACCGGGUAUUAUUCCACACGUCCAUUUGAUAAAUCUUUUGGGCGUGAUGUGCAGGCAGUGAUACAAGCUGCAGACAUUCUCAGCACACUGCAUUAUGUCUUCUACAAGAAAUGGUCCAAGAAACCUGAGAGCAAGUUUGCUGUUCAUUCAUCACUUCUGCAGCAGGCAAGAAGAUCUCUUGGUCUGUUUCUUCAUCAUGAUGGAAUUACAGGCACCGCCAAGUCGUUUGUAGUGGAAGAUUAUGAGCAGUAUUUGUUAAGAGCCUGGGUUCAAUGCCAGGAAGUUAUUCAGUUUGUCAUCCAAAUCUUGUUGUCAUCAGGUAAAAUAGAAUCUCCGGUAGUGUUCCGGCCAGAAACUGUGAGGAAAAGCUCUGUAGAUUUGCCCCAGAAGCAGGUGAUAUCUGUUCAGGAUUCUGGCACAACGGUUGCUUUCUUCAACCCUCUAGGGCAGCCCCGACAGGAAAUUGUCCAUCUUUAUGUCAACUCCCAGAUGUUGGAGGUCAUUUCCAGUACGCAACAGGUUGUGUCUUGCCAGGUGAACCCUGUUUGGAACAGAGAGGAGGAUGCUGUAGUGCUCGACGAUGUCUUUGAGUUGACAUUUCUUGUAGAGAUCGGACCGUUUGCCAUCAUGCCAUUCGUCCUCUACAAGAAAGAAUAUCCAUCCUUCUCAUUGUACAUGUCUUCGAUAACUGCCAUCAACACGCCGCAGCUGGCAGUGUCAGGUGCUCUUCUUUUUAAUCAAAACAGACCCGAACCCAAGCGAAUGAAACCAAUCAUUGUAGAUAAUCAGGUGAUUCAGCUGACCUUUGACCCUAGAAGUGGGUCACUAGUGCAGGUCAUGGAUUUAGCAACUAAAAAUGUUACAAAACUAAAUAUCAAUUUUUUAAUUUAUAAAUCCCAAGGCAGCGGAGCCUAUAUCUUUUAUCCACAAGGUCCUGCCACACUUUUGUUUCCCAACAUUCCAAUCAUUCGAGUAACGCAAGGCCCUCUGGUGACAAUUGUUGAGGUAGGUUUUGAGCCAUAUGUAACUCACACUGUGACCUUGUACCACCAGCCUUCACAUCUAACGUCUGCUAUCUUUAUUGAAAACAAAGUCAGUAUUCAAACUCUCAAAGACAAAGAGCUGAUCAUGCGUAUGAAUACAAAUAUUCGAAAUUCAGACCUGUCCUACUUUACAGAUCAGAAUGGUUUUCAGUUUAUCCGACGGCGCACAAACAGAAGUUCGCGUAUAGAAACAAAUUAUUACCCCAUGACUUCUGCUGCCAUACUAGAGGACGAGUCAACAAGAGUUACGCUCCUGGCUGCUCAGCCACACGGGGCAUCUUGUCUGGAGACAGGACAGCUGGAGGUGAUGUUGGACAGACAGCUUGUCUAUGACGAUGACAGAGGCAUGGGAGAGGGUGUCACAGACAUCAAGACAACCAUCAGUAAGUUUGCCAUCUUGAUUGAGAAAAGAACAUCAUUAACAGAAACAUCAAGGCUACACUUUGCUUCCCUGUCGCUGCCAAGUCUGGGAGUGCAGGGCAAGCUACAGCAACCUCUGCUGGCAUAUUUUACAAAUGUGGACUCCGAUGUGUUCUUCCAUGCUGUGAACCCUGUUCCAAGUUCUCUCCCUUGUGAUGUCAGCGCUGUCAACUUCCGCAGCCUCUGUGAUGGAAACCUGAACUACAAUGGCACCAGCAUUGUCUUGCACCGGCGAGGCUAUGACUGCACCUACCCAGCAGGAGCUCUCCUGUGUCCAUUGUCAGAUUCAUCACUCUCCUUUGAUGUUUUGUUCACAGACUUGAACAUUUCCAGAAUUCACGAAACAAGCCUUACACAUACAGUUGUCAGGCGCACCCUGAGACCAACAGAUAAGAUAUCCAUUGCCCCGAUGGAACUGGCAUCAUUUCAUGUUACAUUUUAG